AUCAGGUCAAGCGCGUGAAUGUUCUGAAUCUCAUCAAGAACUAGCCAGACUGGCUUUCGGUAUCCAGAGAUCUAAGUAUGGGCCUUAUUGCCUUUCUUCUCAGGUUCGGACAGGGCAGCUCUUAAUCGGAUUCGCCAGAUGGGCAGCAUGAGUUUGUGCUUCGACUCCCACAGGUUUCAGUGGCGGCUAACACUGGGCAGACCAUGUGGUGCGGGUCGAAUAGCUGUGAGAUGAGUAGUGAAACCAAGGUCCGGCUUCUGAUGCGAGGGCAGCAAUAUCAUUGCUCUACCAAAUCAUCUGAGAAUUUCCAAAUAUGGAAGCCAAUCGGUGAUGCCGUGAAAUUACCCCAGGAUCGGGUCUAAAGGAUCAGGCGAGAUCCAGCACGGAGAUUCGCACGUCUCCUAGAACCAAAUUCCUUCAAAAUGUCCAGACACAUAAGAUGUGCAUCUUCCCCUCGAUUGCUCUUUUCUUCCUCUCCCUUGGUGAGCUCGUCGUCGCCAGCGGCAACCAAGAGAUUCUCCUCCACAUCAACGACAGUGACUACGUCACGGCUUCGACUUGGCAGCUACACUACCACCUGAUCAGAGUUCCAAACAUUCUGACACCGUGGAACCACCCGCUUUUUCUAGGCUGCAUAUAUCCAUCUUGCUGUCCUCCCUCUGCAUCCUUCAUGUCGACUCUCCUUCCGCCAAAAUUGCCCUUUGUUAAACUCCUACCUUCCAGUGCCUCGGUGCCAGAGCGCAGCACGCGACCGAGGACCUCAUCGCUGCGAGGCAUGUCCUUGAAGGCACGCAAGGCAUUCAUCUUACCUGUCGCUACUUUUCUUGGAAGAAGGGGUAGUGGUCCGAAGAGUGCAGAGAGUACACAGAUCCCUGCUAUUAAUACGAGGCAGAAGGAGCCCGCCCCGUGUGAGAAAGUGUCCGGAGAAAUAGACUUAUCCGUCAUCGCAAGUCUGUCGGAAAAGUUUCCUGCAAGGCGGACUACUGACGCUGAACGCCACAAGACGAACUCCCCGACACCGCAGCUACAGGCAUCUAAAUCGAAAACCCUAUUACGAACUAUAUCGACCACGUUUCGCAAGGUUUCGCCGACAAUUCCCAGCUCCCCAAAUCCCCAGUACAACAGGGAUGCAGCGCUGCGUGAACGCGGUCUUCUGCCUCCCCUUCCUUUGAGCCAACAAGAGUUGGAGCAGAAUCAACGUAUCCCUAGUCUUGAACUGAAAGUCGUUACUGAUGAUGAUCAGCCAAGUGCUGCGCAUCGGAUCAAAGAAGAGUGGGAGGCCAAGAACCGCACGGCCGAAGCAGAGCAGCGCCAGCGCCUUACUCACUUCAAGUUUGGUGGUCUAACGUCGCCAAGCGCGCCGGACUUGACUCAGCCCCAAGUCUUGGAGGUUGUUAUUGAGAUAGAUUCUCCUGCUCCUUCCCCCACUUCUGCGACACCAUUACACGAGCAAGGCUUAAAACCGCCAGCUUUACACAUUAGCCCCUCUACUUCCUGCAUUCACUCACAUGAUACACCUUCGGAACACGAACCAGAUCCAGCACUCGUCUCGUUGCCUCCAUCGCCUAUCUUUACGUCUGUACCAGAGACGGUUGACGUUGAUCCGGCUCUUAUUCCUAUACCCCCUUCACCCAUUUCGAAAGGCGUUGUGUUGUCUGCUUUGUCUACUGGACAAACAUCAGAAUCGGCUGCAUCAAGUUCAAUGCCCGUCGACAAGAUCGAAUCCCAGAAGCAGCUUUGUCCUCCCUCACCAACCUUUUUGAAUGUGGUCACACCUCCUGCAUCUCCAACUAUGUCCACUGGGCAUAGUACAGAAGAAGGAUCCCUUGCGCCGCCGUCAUGCAGACGUUCACAGACUAUUCUUUCACAUGAAUCGUCGGAUGAAUCUUCCAUUGCCACUCCUUCCAUCGAUGCCACGUCACAGGUACUUACUAUUGUUACAACGAGCUCGGAAUCCCAUACGAGCGGACGAAGGUCUGCGGGGAAAGUUUGGGCGAAUGAUUUCCCAUCUCAUGACAUCCCCGUGAUCGUUGAAAGCCCGAAAGAGGAGGCCGCCUCUCCCUUUUCAAAUGACGGAAAAUCCUCCGAUUCUCCUGUAGAACCGGAGAGCUCUUUGCUGCGGCGGGGACAGACUACUCCCUCUCCGACAGAGUCUCGAAUUAAAGGACAACGUCGGAGGUCGCUGAACCUUUUCAAGAAACUCGACAAAGCGUCAGGUUCUCGAUCGUUAACAACGGUUCGCCGGUCGCUAGUAGGAACUCUGGGCAGGAAGGAAAAAUCCGAUCUCCCUGUAUCACCUACCAUUCCCUUGGCUCUCCCCUCGCCACCUCUCGCUGAACGUCGAGGCUUGCGCGCAGUGCGAUCUUUGGGCUUUAAUCGACAACUCGCGGUAGUAACUGGUGCAGAAAUUCCUUCUCCGAGCCCCCGGCAACCUCUGAGCCCGACGAUACAUAACCCUGGUAGUAUACUCCUUGGAACAUGCGAGAUCGAGGACGAGGAGAGUAGACGGGUGACAGAGUUGGCUUUCCUUGGAUAAUCAUCGUCAUUCAUUUAUCGUUUUGCUCGUCUUCCUUUGCGUUACCGCUCUUCAGUAUCAUGACACUUACGACCACCAUCAUUUGCAUCGUCUGUACAUUUACCUCUUCGUUUCUUCUGCUUUUUCGCAUUUACUGGCAUUACUGGGUUCGUGUCGUUCUGUCUGUCGUUAACAUACUUUGUUUAUAUCUCAUGUGUUUUUACUCUAAUCAGAGACCUUUUUGGCGACGAGUCACACCUUA